AUGGCGAAUCCGUCCUGCAGCAUCAUUCAAGACUUUGACGCUCAGAAGAUCUCGAAACAGCCAGGAAGCGUUGCUGAAGCAAUCAUCAUCAUUGAAUCCAAAGAAUUGUUGUUCAUGAAUGAGGCUCAGAUGGUUCGCCUCAGACGGUUCGUACAGAAGCCGAGUCAGCCUGGAUCAAGCUAUGCAUCGACUCUCCGUUCGAGAGCUCGAUCCAGUGUCGUGGAUAUCCGACGAAAAGACCAUUGCGAGCCUGGGAAGAGCAGCCGUCGUCUUGGCUGGACCGAGGUUGGUGUAGAUCUCGGAACCAGCACCACCAAUGCAACUCCUUGGCUCAAGACCAUCAGCAGCCUGGGUGCAAUUGUUGAUGCUGCGAUCAUUGUGCCGGCGGUGAGCGUCGCGGCGGUCCAGGAGGAAAGCGAAUUGGACAUAUUGCCCUCGGAGAAGAGACGGAAAGCAGUCUGGCUCUGCGACAAGAACGCCGCCCUCAUCGCACAGAAUGAGCCACACAAACUGCUCUAA